AUGAGAGUGAAGAGGCAGAAGAAAAACAGGAGAACCGUGAGAUUCUUCACGGUUUGUUUUGGAUUCCGUCAGCCCUUCAAAGUCCUUUGCGACGGCACCUUCGUCCACCAUCUUGUCUCAAAAGAGAUCACUCCCGCCGACACUGCCAUCUCGGAGCUCCUCGGAGGUCCCGUCAAGCUCUUCACGACCAGAUGUGUGAUUGCGGAGUUGCAGAAACUGGGUAAAGACUUUUCGGAAUCUCUAGAGGCUGCCCAGAUGCUUAGUACAGCAAGAUGUGAGCACGAGGAGGCAAAAGCAGCAGACCAGUGUUUGUUAGAUGUACUUGGGAGCAAGAACACGGAGCAUUUCUUUCUUGGUACUCAGGACGCCGAUUUCAGGAAGAAGCUUCAACAGGAGUCUAUAGUUCCUCUUUUGUAUGGACUAAGGACCGGUCUGCUGAUCGAUCAACCUUCUGAUUUCCAACGUGAGACGGCCAAAGACUCUGAAAGAAAGCGGUUAACUAUGACCGAUGUAGAGAAAAGGAUGUUGGUGACACAGACUGCGAGAAUCUUAGCUUCUAAAUACGAACAAGGAACGGUUGAUGAUAAUGAACAAUGGGAAGCUUCUCGAGAUGUUUCUACAAGAAAUGGACUCGGUGUUAAGGAUAGACCUCAAUUCAAGCGAAAUAGAGCAAAGGGUCCCAACCCACUUUCAUGCAAGAAGAAAAAGAAGGAGAACAAUACCGAGAAACCUUUAUCCAAACCCAAAGCUGACUCUAUAUCUGGUGCACAAAUGGAAAAGAAGGAAGGCGAGAGCAGUAUAAGAAAGAGGUCAAGAAAACGGUCGAAUAAAGGAAAAUCUGAUGUCGGAGAAAACUGA